AUGCAGCCGCACGCUGCCAAGGUUCCUGGCCAGGCACGCGACCACGCCAGCCGGAAGAGCUCGGCCACCUUCGCUGUCGGCGACCGCGUGCACGUCUGGAGCAACUCCACCCGCCGUUGGAUAGAAGACGGCGUCGUCCGGGAGGCCCUGCCGGCCGACCUGAGCACCGACGGCAGCCACCUGCUCCCCGCCGGAUCCCUGCGCGUCGUGUUCGGCGGCGGCGUGCGGAUGAAGUGGGUGACGCCGCAGGAGCUCGGCGCCACGCUGCGGCGGGCCCCAGGGCCAUCGCGGCCAGACCUGCGCGCCGUGCCCACGCCGCAGCGGGCGGCCGCGGAGAGGCCGGAGCGGAACCAGGCCGGGGCGGAGAUGCUCGCCGAGCUGGUCGCCGUAGAGACGCGGUGCCAGCAGGAGGGGCGGCAGUUCGUGGACGCGGAUUUCGCGCCCGUCGUGCUGGGCGGCAACGUCAAGGAGUGGGUCCGUCCACAGGAACUCUCCUUCCAUAGCGGGGAGGUCCUCGGCGGCCUGGCAGGCGAGCUGGCGCUGCUCACGAGCGCCGUGGGCCUGCCGAACCUGGUCAGCCCGGCGGUCGACUGGCAGCUGUUCCGGGGCGCGCCCACGGCCGACGACGUGCAGCAGGGGGAGGUGGGCGACUGCUGGUUCCUCUCGUCGCUUGCCGCGCUCGCCGAGUUCCAGGGAGGCGUCUUCGUGCGGUCCCUGCUGCCUGGCCAGGAGUCGAUUAGCGCCUCCGGAGUGUACAUGGUGCGCCUUUGCCUUGGAGGGCGCUGGCACUGGACCCUCGUGGACGACAGGCUCCCGUCCCUCGGAGGCAGCUUCAACCACAGGAUCCUGGCGCACUGCGAGACUCAGAGGCUGCAGCUCUGGGCAAGCUUGAUCGAGAAGGCGGCCGCGAAGGCCUGCGGCUCCUACGAAGGCCUGCACCUGGGGGAGGCCCGCGAGGCGCUGUCGAUGCUCACGGGCUGGCCGUGCAAGACCAUCGGCUUCAGCAGGAGAGACUUCAGUCCAGACAUCCUCUGGGCAACCCUCAGCUCGUCGAAGAAGGCCGGCUUCCUCGUGGCCUGCGGCACGUUUGCAGUGAGGACGUCUUCGCUGAUCCCUCACCACAUAUACUCCGUCCUCGACGUCUUCGACCUGGACGCCCCGGGCCAGGACGGGCGGCGUGCCAGGCUCGUCAAGAUCAGGAACCCCCAGCUUCGCGACACGAGUUCGGCGGCGAAGAAGUGGAACGGAGCAUGGCUCGCUCCUCGUCCCUCUGUGGACUCCAGAGCUGCGGAGCAAGGUUGGGUGCCCGGAGGGCGGCACGCCGGGCGUCUUCUUCAUGGCGUUCGGCGAUUUCAUCCGGCAGUUCGCGCACUGCACCACGUCUGCCGCAUCCAGAGCGCGGACUGGCACGAGGCCCGCGAGACGCUGGAGCUCCCCGGCAGGCAGCCGCCGGAGCUCGCGAUUUCUAUCGAGGUUGCCGACGCCGCGGAGUGCUCCCUGAGCCUGUCGCAGCCGGAGGAGCGCUUGAGAGGCAGCCGCCUGCACAAGCACUUGUCGAAGCACAUGGCCCGCAUCGGCUUUGCCGUCCUCAGGCUGCUCCCCGACGGAGAGGUCGAGGCCGUGGCGGCGUCCCACCUGCGCGGGGACCCGUUGGUCUCCACAGACUGCCGUCUGCAGCCAGGCAAGUACCUGCUGGUGGCCGCGGCACUGCACCGCGAGACCGUCCCGGUGCCAGUCGGGUUCGCCUGCUUCAGCAGCCGACCUGUGGCGCUCGGCCUGCAGAGUGCCGCGGGCGGCGCCUGGGGCGCGACGCGGCGGGCGCUGCGGCUGCAGCAGGGCGCCCUCAGGGCGCCGGUGCCAGUGCCCGCAUUCGGCCUCGCGGAGCCGCGCGGCCGACCGGCCCGCCCGCCACAGCACGGGGCCGCAUGCGGCUGCGCGCAGCAGUAG